AUGGAGGGUAUCUCAUCACCUGAAGUGGCAGAAGCAAUCGCGUGCAGGGAAGGCCUGGCGCUAGCGCGCGAUCUUGGGAUGCUGAAUAUAACGAUUGCAUCUGACUGUGCAAAUGUGGUUAAAAGCUUACAGGGUCCGGGCAUGAGCUCAUAUGGCCACAUUGUCAGGGAGAUCAAGAUGGAGAUGGCGAGCUUCACCAAGGCGAACUUUGUUCAUGAGGGCAGGAAUUCUAAUGGCGAUGCUCAUAAUGUCGCGAGAAGCUCGAUUUAUGGUGCUGUAGGACGAAAUGUAUGGUUUUUAGAUCCUCCAAUUGGAGUUUGUACCAAUUACCAUGAUAUAUGA